AAUCUGUAGAAGACAGACAUUGUUAUUGUUAGCAAAAAUGGGCAAUUGUGUUACAGAUUGCAAGAACAAAGAUAGUGCAGACGUGAAACUAAGUGCUCAAAUUCAUCCCCCCACCACGAAGGAUAACUUCGCUAAAAGGGAGCACUCCAUUGUUGAGCCUUCAUUAAUGUACCAACAAACUAGUUUUGGAGACUUGGGUAAAACAGAGGAGAAUUUUUUUGACUCCAGCCCAUGGUUAGAAUCUGACAGUGAAGAUUUCUUCAGUGUCAAUGGUGAUUCUUCUUUCUCUCGCGGAAACAGCCCCAAAAACUACGAAAACUUGAAGUUAAAUUCUCCCACUGAUACAAAGAAGCAACUAAUUGAGUUAUUUCGAGAGAGCUCCAAUGACGAUGAUGAUGCAUGACUCAUCAUUAAUUUAUUAAAUCAUUCAUCCUCUUCUUCAGUAAUUUAAACUCAUGUUUGG